AUGACAUUCCAAGUACUCUCUGCCGUUGGUGUCCUGCUGUCUUUUGUGCUUGUACUUGUGCGCUCAGAGAGCUGCCCAACUGAUUUUACACGUGUGGGCAACAAAUGUUAUUACGUGUCCUUAGAAGAGGCCAAUUGGCAUGUCGCCGAUCGCUACUGUCGGAAACGGGGCGCCGAUCUUAUGGUUUUCGAAGAUGAACGGGAUAAGGAGCUGACAACCGCACACCUCAAGAGCCUCGGGCUGCAAUUCACAGACAGCUGGCGUCAUUCGGUGUGGGCUGGAAUCAACUGCCUGGGGGACAGACGCCGGUUCACUCAGUCCAAAUCAGGCGAUUUGGUUGCCUCCUUGAAUUGGGUACCAAAAGAGCCGAACAACGCUUUGCCCGAGGAGGAUUGCGUAGCGUUUGCCAACUGUAAUGGGGCCUUUGGCUACCAUGACAUUCAGUGCAAAUUCGAUUUUCCAUUUGCUUGCGAGACGCCCUUAUCCAACAAUUAUCUCUGUCUCAAGCAGGAGCUGUUCACUGCAGCCACCUUCUAG